AUGACCUGCGACCUCCUGCGACGUUCUGCGACCUUCUACGACCUCCUGCGACGUCCUACGACUUGCGACCUCCUGCGACCUCCUGCGAUGUCCUGCGACCUUCUGCGACCUCCUGCGACCUCCUACGACCUGCGACCUCCUGCGACCUCCUACGACGUCCUGCGACCUUCUACGACCUUCUGCGACCUCCUGCGACCUCCUGCAACCUCCUGCGACAUUCUGCGACCUCCUGCGACCUGCGACCUCCUGCGACCUCCUGCGACGUCCUGCGACCUUCUGCGACCUCCUGCGACGUCCUACGACCUGCGACCUCCUGCGACCUCCUGCGACGUUCUGCGACCUUCUGCGACCUCCUGCGACCUCCUACGAUCUGCGACCUCCUGCGACCUCCUACGACGUCCUGCGACCUUCUACGAUCUUCUGCGACCUCCUGCGACGUCCUGCGACCUUCUGCGACAUUCUGCGACCUCCUGCGACCUGCGACCUUCUGCGACCUACGACCUCCUACGACGUUCUGCGACCUCCUACGACGUCCUACGACCUGCGACCUCCUGCGACCUCCUGCGACCUCCUGCGACGUCCUGCCUCUUGCGACCUUCUGCGACCUCGUGCGCCCUGCGACCUCCUGCGACCUCUUGCGACGUCCUGCGACCUCCUGGGACCUCCUGUGACGUCCUGCGUCCUCCUGCGACCUCCUGCGACCUCUUGCGACCUGCGACCAUAUAA